AUGAUGUAUCCUUCCAAAGAUGACUUUCCGAAAUAUAUGUACUCAGCAGCGUCAUCACCACUUUCAUCGUCAUCUGCAUCAUCUUCAUCAUCACUCUCGCUGUCCGCAGCGGUUUCGAGAGCGUCCUACAGCCAGGAUAAUCCCGUGGAUCCCGGUAGUGGCGGAGGCUUGUUCUUCAAUGGCAGCGGCUCGGCGCUGGCAUCGGCGGCGGCUAAGGCGGCCUCAGCGGCUGCGACCGGAUCUUCCGCGACGACGACCAUCUUCGGCGUCGAUUCGAGCGGUUUUGGUCGGGCGGUCGGUGGUGGGCCCGGUGAUCCGACCGGUGAUCACAUGAUUUACCGGGGGUAUAGCACCGGGCUGCCAUCGCUGAGCCCGCUGGACAUGGCUGCCACAGAGAGUAUUCUAGACGAAGAUAUCGCGGCCAACGUCAGCGGCUGGGUGGACGUAUUGCUGACGGUUUUGAAGGCAUCGAUCAUGAUGUUCAUCAUCGUGGCUGCCAUUUUCGGCAACCUACUCGUCAUUAUAUCGGUUAAGCGACAUAGAAAAUUAAGGGUUAUAACAAAUUACUUUGUGGUAUCGCUUGCCAUGGCUGACAUCAUGGUGGCGAUGAUGGCCAUGACAUUUAAUUUCAGUGUACAAAUUUCGGGAAGUUGGAAGUUUGGAUCCUUCAUGUGUGACGUGUGGAAUAGCUUGGAUGUGUACUUUUCGACCGCCAGUAUACUGCAUCUGUGCUGUAUAUCAGUGGAUAGGUAUUAUGCAAUAGUGAAACCACUUAAGUAUCCAAUAAGCAUGACAAAACGAGUCGUAGCCAUAAUGUUACUCAAUACCUGGAUAUCACCAGCAUUGUUGUCAUUCGUACCAAUCUUUGCCGGUUGGUACACCACGGAUAAGCACAAGGAGGACGUACUGAACAAUCCGAACAACUGUUUGUUCAUCGUGAACAAACCGUACGCCGUCAUCUCGAGCUCCAUCUCGUUCUUCAUACCCUGCACCAUCAUGGUGUUCACCUACUUCCAGAUAUUCCGCGAGGCCAACCGGCAGGAGAAGCAGCUAGCACUGCGCCAGGGGACGGCUAUGCUGAUGCACCAGCACAACACCGGCGGUGGUGGUGGCGGUGGCGGUGGCGGAGGCAGUGGCAGUGGUGGUGGAGGUGGAACCAACGGAGAAGCUCUCAGCGGUUCCGGAUCGUCCAAAACGCUCACCAUGCACGAAGUGGAUGCCGAGCAGACGCCCACCAAGGAUCGACAUCUGAUCAAAAUGAAACGAGAACAUAAGGCUGCACGUACGCUCGGGAUCAUCAUGGGGACGUUUAUACUCUGUUGGCUCCCGUUUUUUCUAUGGUACAUCAUUACGUCGCUCUGCGACUCCUGUCCCAAUCCAGAUAUUGUGGUCGUUCUGGUUUUCUGGGUCGGCUACUUCAACUCGACGUUGAACCCGCUCAUCUACGCCUACUUCAACCGAGAUUUCCGGGAAGCGUUCAGGAACACGCUGGAUUGCAUGUUCUGCGCCUGGUGGCGACGGGAAACGUCCCCACUGGACAUAAACGUGCGACGAUCAAGUUUGAGGUACGACUGCCGGGCAAAAAGUGUGUACUCGGAAAGCUAUCUCAGGCCGUCGCAAAAUGAUCGCUUCAACAGCGAAGUUGGCGAAAGUCUAUAA